AGCUGCGAGGAAGAAGCGCAUGAUCGCCGUACCCAGCAGAGGUGGGACCGUUCUCCGGGAUUAGCUUGUUGUUCAAAUUCAUUGUUGUUCCGUACCUUAUUAGCUGAAAGCUAUGAGCGGCAAGGACAGGAUAGCCAUCUUCCCUUCUCGCAUGGCCAUGACCCUCAUGAGGUUACGUCUCAAGGGUGCCCAGAAGGGCCACAACUUGCUGAAAAAGAAAGCCGACGCUCUGCAGAUGCGGUUCAGGGCGAUACUGAAGAAAAUCGUGGAGACAAAGUCACUGAUGGGUGAGGUGAUGAAAGAGGCAGCAUUCUCCUUAGCCGAGGCCAAGUUCACGAGCGGCGACUUCAACCAGGUCGUUCUGCAAAAUGUCACUCGGGCUCAGGUCAAGGUCCGCUCACGAAAGGACAAUGUUGCAGGCGUGACCCUGCCGAUCUUCGAGUGCUACCAGGAAGGCACAGACACCAACGAGCUGGCCGGCUUGGCUCGUGGCGGCCAGAAGCUGGGAAAGCUGAAGAAGAACUACUUUGAGGCGGUCAAGCUGCUCGUUGAGUUGGCUUCCCUGCAGACAUCCUUCAUCACCCUCGACAGUGUCAUCAAGACCACCAACCGACGUGUGAAUGCCAUCGAGUAUGUGAUCAUUCCUCGCAUCGACCGCACUCUGCAGUACAUCACAUCUGAGCUCGACGAGAGGGAGAGGGAAGAAUUCUUCAGGCUGAAGAAAAUCCAGGAAAAGAAGAAGCAGAUCAAGGUGCGGAAGGAGGCUGAGCUGGCCAAACACAAUGCUGAGGUGGGAUUGCUUGCCGAGGCAUUUGAACACGCACCAAACAUCCUCGAGGACGCGCACGACGAAGAUAUCCUGUUCAAUUAACGGGCGUCUGCCUAUUUGCCUCGGCACGUUGUACACUGUAGUUAAGGGCAGUCAUCCAUUCUCCCCAGUUUCUCCGCUCCCACCAUACUGUGGGUCCAAAUGUAUCCAUAUAGAUAAACCAGUUAUAUUCGUUGUUAUUGUUUGACCUUUACGUUCAAAGAAUGUCCUGCUCAAAAAAUAUUUCACUGGACAAUAAAUGGUCUCUGUUGAA